AGCCACCCGCCGUGUUUCCCGGGCUCCGGGGCGGGCCGAGGCUUGCGGCCGCCCGCGUCGCUAUCAGCCCGCCCUCCACCGCGCCCUCCCCUCAGCCGCUCCCGGGGGAGCCGCUGGCCCAGCCGCCGCGGGGGCUGAGGCGACACCGCCCUUCCGCCCGCCCCAAGGGCGGGGGCGCAGGCGAGCUCGGCCCGGCCUCUCUCUGGAGCCCGCGGCACCGCCUCCUAAGUCCUGCGCGGCCUCCUCCUCCUCCGGGCCGCCCACCCGGCUCCUCGCCCCGCCCAGGGUUGCGGGGACGGAAAACCGAAAGUGCGCGGCGCCGGGCGGGGCCGUGACCUGCCAGGGCCGGAGCGGAGCGCUAGCCGGGCCGGUGACGGCCGGAGGACGCGCCCGAGCGGAUGCUGUGUUUGAAGGGCACUGAUAACUCUCAGCCUGUGCAGUUACAGAUAACUGAAAGUUACGUGACUGUAGAAGACUUCUAGGGACUCAGACAUGGAGGAUAGAAGACCUCAUCUGGAAACCAGGCCCAGGAAUCCCCCUCCCAACCACAGAGGGCCUGUAGAUGGAGAAGUACCACCAAGAGCUAUAAAUCAAACCAGUAACCCACCAGCCAGUGUACUCCAAGGUGGAGCCAACCAUGCUGGAAGGCAUCCCAGGGCCAACAACCACUCUGUUCCUUUCCGGCAAAGAGAAGAGAGAUUCAGGGCCAUGGGCAGGAACCCACAUCAGGGAAGAAGGAACCAGGAAGGGCAUACCAGUGAUGAAACCAGAGACCAAAGGCAUGGUCAGGAGAAUGACACCAGGAGGAGAAAUGACAACCAGGAGGGGAGGAACCGCAGGCCUCCAUGGUCCAGUGACAACUUCCAGCAGUGGCGGACUCCACACCAGAAGCCUGUAGAACAGCCACAACAGGCGAAGAAACUGGGCUAUAAGUUCCUGGAGAGUCUUCUGCAGAAAGACCCCUCAGAGGUGGCCAUCACACUUGCCACAAGCUCGGGGCUGAAGGAGCUCCUUUCUCAUUCUUCCAUGAAACCCAGCUUCCUUGAACUCAUCUGCCAAGUUCUUCGGAAGGCUUGCAGCUCCAAAAUAGACCGCCAGAGCAUUCUCCAUGUGCUGGGCAUAUUGAACAACUCCAAGUUCCUCAAAGUCUGCCUACCUGCAUAUGUGGUGGGAAUGAUUACUGAACCCAUCCCUGACAUUCGAAACCAGUACCCAGAACACAUAAGUAAUAUCAUCUCCCUUCUCCAGGACCUUGUAAGUGUCUUCCCUGCCAGUUCUGUGCAGGAAACAUCCAUGCUCAUCUCUCUCCUGCCAGCUUCUCUUAAUGCUUUGAGAGCUUCCGGGGUUGACAUAGACGAGGAGACAGAGAAGAACCUGGAAAAGGUGCAGACCAUCAUCGAACAUCUGCAGGAAAAGAGGCGAGAGGGCACUUUGAGAGUGGAUACCUACACUCUAGUGCAGCCUGAGGCAGAAGGCCAGGUUGAGAGCUACAGGACCAUGCCCAUAUACCCCACCUACAAUGAGGUGCACCUGGAUGAGAGGCCCUUCCUUCGCCCUAACAUCAUUUCUGGGAAGUACGAUAGUACCGCCAUCUAUCUAGACACCCACUUCCGACUCCUGCGAGAAGAUUUUGUCCGACCCCUACGGGAAGGCAUUUUGGAACUUCUUCAAAGUUUUGAGGACCAGUGUCUGAGGAAGAGAAAGUUUGAUGACAUCCGAAUCUACUUUGACACCAGGAUCAUCACCCCCAUGUGUUCAUCAUCAGGCAUUGUGUACAAAGUACAGUUUGACACAAAACCACUCAAGUUUGUUCGGUGGCAGAAUUCCAAGAGAUUGCUAUAUGGGUCACUAGUGUGCAUGUCCAAGGACAACUUUGAGACGUUUCUUUUUGCCACUGUUUCGAACCGGGAGCAAGAGGAUCUCUGCCGAGGAGUUGUCCAGUUGUGCUUCAAUGAGCAGAGCCAGCAGCUGCUUGCAGACGUCCAGCCCUCUGACUCCUUCCUCAUGGUGGAGACCACAGCAUACUUCGAGGCCUACAGGCACGUCCUGGAAGGGCUGCAGGAGGUUCAGGAGGAAGAUGUCCCCUUCCAGAGGAAUAUCGUGGAGUGUGACUCCCAUGUGAGGGAGCCAAGGUACUUGCUCAUGGGUGGCAGAUACGAUUUCACCCCCUUAAUAGAGAAUCCCUCAGCCACUGGGGAAACUCUGAGGCUUGCCGAGGUCUUGCGGCAUCCUAGAGUUAAUGUCUUGGACCUGAGCCAGUGGCCCUCCAAAGAAGCCCUGAAGCUGGAUGACUCCCAGAUGGAAGCUUUGCAGUUUGCUCUCACAAGGGAACUGGCUAUUAUUCAAGGACCUCCCGGAACAGGCAAAACUUACGUGGGUCUAAAAAUUGUUCAGGCCCUUUUGACCAACGAGUCUGUUUGGCAAAUUAGUGCCCAGAAGUUCCCCAUCUUGGUCGUGUGUUAUACUAAUCAUGCUCUGGACCAGUUUCUAGAAGGCAUCUACAGGUGUCAGAAGACCAGCAUUGUGCGGGUGGGUGGAAGGAGCAACAGUGAAGUCCUGAAGCAGUUCACCCUCAGGGAGCUGAGGAACAAGCGGGAGUUCCGCCGCAACCUUCCCAUGCACCUCCGAAGGGCCUACAUGAGCAUUGUGACAGAGAUGAAGGAGUCAGAGCAAGAACUUCAGGAAGGAGCCCAGACCCUGGAAUGCACCAUGCGUGGUGUCCUUCGGGAACAGCACCUGGAGAAGUACAUCUUCCCCCAGCACUGGAAAAGCCUGAUGAAUGGACCCAUGCAGGAUACUGACUGGGUCUACUUCCAGCACUCAAAGAACUCCAUGAUGCUCGAAUGGCUGGGGCUAGGUGUUGGUUCUUUCACUCAAAGUGCUCCUCCAGCGGGACCUGAGAACACAGCCCAGGCAGAAGGGGAAGAAGAAGAAGAAGGAGAAGAAGAGGGUUCACUGAUUGAGAUAGCAGAGGAAGCUGACCUGAUUCAAGCUGACCGAGUGAUUGAGGAGGAAGAGGUGGUGAGGCCCCGGCGACGAAAGAAGGAAGAGAAUGGGGCAGACCAGGAGUUGGCUAAAAUGCUUUUGGCCAUGAGGCUAGACCAGUAUGGCCAUGGAACUACAGCUGGACAGGAGCAAGCUACAGAAGAGUGGGAGACCCAGCGCAACCAGAAAAAGAAAAUGAAGAGGAAAGUGAAGGUUGAACUUCGAAAACUGAACACCAUGACUGAGGCCGAGGCCAAUGCAAUCCAGGAUGUCUGGCAACUGGACCUGAAUUCUCGCUGGCAGCUUUAUAGGCUGUGGCUGCAGAUGUACCAGGCAGACACUCGUCGGAAGAUUCUCAGCUAUGAACGCCAGUACCGCACAUCCGCUGAGAGAAUGGCUGAGCUGAGACUGCAGGAAGACCUGCACAUCCUUAAAGAUGCCCAGGUUGUUGGCAUGACAACCACAGGCGCUGCCAAGUACCGUCAGAUCCUGCAGCAGGUGGAGCCUCGGAUCGUCAUUGUGGAGGAGGCUGCUGAAGUUCUUGAGGCCCACACCAUUGCCACGUUGAGCAAAGCUUGCCAGCACCUUAUUCUGAUUGGAGACCACCAGCAGCUGCGCCCCAGUGCCAAUGUGUAUGAUCUGGCCAAGAACUUCAACCUUGAGGUGUCCCUUUUUGAACGGCUGGUGAAAGUAAACAUUCCCUUCGUCCGUCUGAAUUACCAGCACCGCAUGCGUCCUGAAAUUGCCCGCCUUUUGACUCCACAUAUUUACCAGGAUUUGGAGAACCAUCCCUCUGUUCUCAAGUAUGAGAAGAUUAAGGGGGUCUCUUCCAACCUUUUCUUUGUGGAGCAUAACUUUCCUGAACAGGAGAUCCAAGAAGGCAAAAGCCAUCAGAACCAGCAUGAGGCUCACUUUGUGGUGGAGCUGUGUAAGUACUUCCUGUGCCAGGAGUACCUGCCCUCCCAGAUCACCAUCCUUACCACCUACACCGGGCAGCUCUUCUGCCUGCGCAAACUCAUGCCUGCCAAGACAUUUGCCGGCAUCAAGGUCCAUGUGGUCGAUAAGUACCAAGGGGAAGAGAAUGACAUCAUCCUCCUCUCACUAGUGCGGAGCAACCAGGAGGGUAAGGUGGGCUUCCUCCAGAUACCUAACCGCAUCUGUGUGGCCUUGUCCCGAGCCAAGAAAGGGAUGUACUGCAUCGGGAACAUGCAGAUGCUAGCCAAGGUGCCCUUGUGGAGUAAGAUCAUCCACACCCUCCGAGAGAACAGUGAAAUAGGCCAGUCGCUCCGGCUCUGUUGCCAGAACCACCCUGACACACACACCUUAGUAUCCAAAGCUUCUGACUUCCAAAAAGUGCCAGAAGGAGGCUGCAGCCUGCCCUGUGAAUUCCGGCUGGGCUGUGGGCAUGUGUGCACACGCGCCUGCCACCCCUACGACUCUUCCCACAAGGAGUUCCAGUGCAUGAAGCCGUGCCAAAAGGUCAUCUGCCAGGAUGGGCACCGGUGCCCCCUUGUUUGCUUCCAGGAAUGUCAGCCUUGUCAGGUGAAGGUGCCUAAAACCAUUCCUAGGUGUGGUCAUGAACAGAUGGUCCCUUGUUCAAUGCCAGAGUCAGAUUUUUGCUGUCAGGAGCCUUGCCCCAAGGUAUUGAGAUGUGGCCACAGAUGCAGCCACCCAUGUGGUGAGGAUUGUGUGCGGCUGUGUACAGAAAAGGUCACUGUGAAACUCAACUGCGGGCACAGCCAACAGGUGAAGUGUGGUAAUGUAGAGGAUCUCAAGUACGGGCUGCCAGUCAAGUGUACCACCAAAUGUGGCACCAUCUUGGACUGCGGUCAUCCUUGCCCAGGCUCUUGCCACAGUUGCUUUGAAGGGCGCUUCCACGAGCGCUGUCAACAGCCCUGCAAGCGCAUGCUCAUCUGCUCACACAAGUGCCAGGAGCCAUGCAUUGGUGAGUGCCCGCCCUGCCAACGGACCUGUCAGAAUCGCUGUGUCCACAGCCAGUGCAAGAAGAAGUGUGGGGAGCUGUGCAGCCCCUGUGUGGAGCCCUGUGUCUGGCGCUGUCAGCACUACCAGUGCACCAAACUCUGCUCAGAGCCCUGCAACCGCCCCCCAUGCUACGUGCCUUGUACUAAGCUGCUGGCUUGUGGCCACCCUUGCAUUGGUCUGUGUGGAGAGCCAUGCCCCAAGAAGUGCCGUGUCUGCCACCUCGAUGAAGUCACCCAAAUCUUCUUCGGCUUUGAGGAUGAGCCUGACGCCCGCUUUGUGCAGCUAGAAGACUGUAGCCACAUCUUUGAGGUACAAGCCCUGGAUCGCUACAUGAAUGAACAGAAGGAUGACGAAGUCGCCAUUAGGUUGAAGGUCUGCCCUAUCUGUCAGGUGCCCAUCCGCAAAAACCUGAGGUAUGGGACCAGUAUCAAACAGCGGCUAGAAGAGAUAGAAAUUAUUAAGGAAAAGAUCCAGGGCUCUGCAGGGGAAAUUGCAACCAGCCAGGAACAACUUAAAACCCUGCUGGAAAGUAAGAUUCUCUUCCACCACCUGCUUCCUGAGGACUUCCUGAUGCUAAAAGAGAAGCUGGCUCAGAAAAGCCUGUCAGUGAAAGACCUGGGCCUUGUUGAGAAUUACAUCAACUUCUAUGACCACCUGGCCAACCUGGAGGGGUCCCUGAAAAAGGUACAUUACUCAGAACAGAAAAGAGUGAGGACUCGACUUGAUCAGGUCCAUGAGUGGCUGGCUAAGAAGCGCCUGAGCUUCAGCAGCCAGGAACUGAGCGACCUACAGAGCGAAAUCCAGAGGCUCACAUACCUGCUGAAUCUCCUGACCCGCUGCAAGAUGGCGGAGAAGGUGAAAGAUAGUGUAGCAGAGGAAGUCUCCAGCAUCCAGAACAUCCUUGAGAAAACAUGCAAGUUCACCCAAGAGGAUGAACAGAUUGUGCAGAAAAAAAUGGAGGCUCUGAAAACAACCCUUCCCUGCUCUGGCUUGGGCAUCUCAGAGGAAGAACGGGUGCAAAUUGUCAGAGCCUUGGGUGUUCCUCGUGGCCACUGGUUCAAGUGCCCUAAUGGCCACAUCUAUGUGAUUACUGAGUGUGGGGGAGCCACACAGAGGGGCACCUGUCCCGACUGCCAGGAGGUGAUUGGUGGUGAAAAUCAUACUUUGGAGAGGAGCAACCAGCUUGCACCCGAGAUGGAUGGAGCCCAGCACCCUGCUUGGUCUGACACAGCCAACAACCUGAUGAACUUUGAGGAGAUCCGGAGGAUGAUGUAGAAAGAUGGCACCCCGCUGCCUUUUGCCCCUGCCACCAUAGAGCCUGCAUUGGCUCCCUUGCAGAGGAACUGGUUAUUAGUGUCCUUUAGUCUCCGCACCUAUUUAAGGAUCCACUUUUAGGGCUUGCCCACACUUGAUUCUAGAUUUACCCCUGCGCUAGAGUAUGCACUUUACCUCCAAAACUGAGAGCAGUUACUAGUUCUCUCUUCUCUUUCAGCGAGUGAAUGGGCAGAUCCCCUGGGGCAUCUGGGUUUCCACCCAGGGUUACCUAGGGGAAGUCUGGGCCCUAACUCGUUCAGAUGUUUCUUCUGUAGUGAUCCCAGGGCACAGUCCGAGCUUAGAGAAUCAGCUGAUUCUAAAUGCCAGGCCCCAAUUUGCAGACUAACUUUCAUUCUAAUGAACUUUCGGAAUGGCUUACCCCUUCAAGGAGCACAAGAAUUCCCACCCUCCUCCUGGGACAGCUGCCCUCCAGGGGACGGAGGCCUGUGACAAAGGCUUCACCAACUCCCCUGACCCAGUUACAUAGUCACUGCCCCUUGUCGGGGGCUUCACAGCAGGCCCAGGCUGAGUGACCCCUGCACCCUUUCCUGUAACUUGCACUCAGAUAGCAGGUUUCUUGGCCUCUGUAGGAGAGGUUUGGUGCCAGUAGCACCUCAUGUGAGCCUUUGUCCUAGCACCCUCCCUUGCAACCUUUGCUGGGGCAGGGUUAGCAUGCCAGCAGCUUCUGCAGGCCCCGGCCCCAAGCCAGAAGCCAGCCUGCCGCCUGCAUCCGCAUCUCUGUCCAGUGUUCCUUAGAACAGACUUAGGCAUCUCAGGUCCUUUCUAAUGUUGGCCAGAAAAAUCCCUUUCUUAUGUAUGCAUUUUCUUUUUUGUUUUUACUAUGCACUUUAGCCUAUAAAGCUGAUUAAUAAAAACAGUUGAGAAAAUUCA